CAGUCUGACACCCAGGAGAGCGACGGGUGCGAACGGGCUUCGGUGACCCAUGCCCGGGACCCCAAAGGGGUGUUGGUUGAGCGUGUGGUUUUAAGAAAGCCUCAGGACCAGGAAGGGGCCCUGGGAGGAGGCCUUUCUGGGAGCCCCUGGAACCUUCUGGUCCUAGAAGUGAAGCUAAACCACCACCUGGACUUAUGACCCGUGGCCUGACUCCUACGCUGCCCAUCGAGUUCCACAAGAUGGGCUCCUUCCGCAGGCCCAGGCCGAGAUUCAUGAGCUCCCCAGUGCUCAGUGACCUGCCCCGAUUUCAGGCCACUCGACAGGCCCUGCAGUUGAGCUCCAACUCAGCCUGGAACAGUGUCCAGACAGCUGUGAUCAACGUUUUCAAAGGGGGCGGCUUGCAAAGCAAUGAGCUCUUCACGUUGAAUGAAAACAUCAGGCGACUGCUGAAGAGUGAACUAGGAUCAUUCAUCUCAGACUAUUUCCAGAACCAGCUUCUGGCGAAGGGGCUGUUCUUUGUGGAAGAGAAGGUCAAGCUGUGUGAAGGUGAAAAUCGCAUUGAGGUGCUGGCCGAAGUCUGGGACCACUUCUUCACUGAGACCCUCCCAACCCUGCAGGCAAUAUUUUACCCCGUUCAGGGACAGGAACUGACCAUCCGCCAGAUCUCCCUGCUGGGCUUCCGAGACCUGGUCCUGCUGAAGGUAAAGCUGGGUGAUUUGCUGCUGUCACAGUCCAAGCUACCCUCAUCCAUUGUCCAGAUGCUGCUGAUUCUGCAGAGUGUUCAUGAACCCACAGGCCCCAGUGAGGGCUAUCUGCAACUGGAAGAGCUGGUGAAGCAAGUGGUUUCUCCCUUCCUUGGCCUCAGUGGGGACCGUGGCUGCUCAGGCCCUACAUUCAUGCUGGCUAGGCGAUAUUCCAGAGUCCGACCCAAGGUGACUCUCCUCAACUAUGGCCCUCCAAUGGCCACUGUCAGCCGGCCACUGAAUGAGAUGGCCUUGACGCCACUGACGGAGCAGGAAGGAGAGGCCUACCUGGAGAAAUGCGGCAGUGUGCGGCGGCACACGGUGGCCAACGCCCACUCGGACAUCCAGCUGCUGGCUAUGGCCGGCAUGAUGCACUCAGGCUUGGGGGAAGAAGCUGGCAGUGAGGACAAGUGCUUGCUUCUGCCACCCAGCUUCACCCCACCCCACCGGCAGUGCUCCAGCGAGCCCAGCAUCCCAGACAGUCCUGACGAACUGGAGGAGAUAGGCAGCGAGAGCCAGGAAGACUCGGAGCUGAACUGCGCUUCCCUCAGCUGAGCCUCCAGGAUUUCCCAGCUACUUCUGUGCAUGCAGGAGGAAGACAGCCCAACCCCAUGGAUGGCCAGGGGACUCUUCCUUUGGGCAAUGAGGCCUUAUUUCCUUUAGAACAGACCCGAUCUAAGUGCAUUUGGGGAAAACUCUUGUAAACCUCUUCAUUCUGGUGUUUGGGAUCAGCUCCUUACAAACACACAGACCUAACUGCCUAUUGUUUGCCUUCCCACUUCCAGCCUGGUUUUUCCAACUUAGAUCUUCAUCUCCAAGCUCUUUUCUCUCGUACUGGACUGCCUGAUGAUUCCAAUGAUAUAUCCCAGUGCCUCUGGCAUUAAUGUAGCAGGAGGUUGUCUGGAUCGUACACAAACCAAUUGAUAGUGUGCUGGGCAUUUGCGGUUCUCCUUCAGGCUCCUGCAGAGUCCUGUGGAGGAAAAGAGAGAUUUGUAUGGAAUUAAAGAACACUACAACUCCUGUCAUGCAUGGCGCUGGGAUACAUCCUCAUUACUGUAGUUUUAGAAUCACUGGGAAACCAUUCAUUAUUCCACUAGUGCAUGAUGGUCCAUCUCACCUACAUCCAGAUACUACUACUACAUGCUAUCUACACCAAAGCCUUUGGCCUGUGGCCCAAAAGAGCCAUGAGGCUAUAUAGCCCUAUCUGUCAUAAAGUCUUUGUAUUUCCCUCUCAAGCUUCCUCCCCAAAUCAAGGACUAAACUCCUUAUGGGUUGCUGGUGCCUUAAUCCUGCCCUUUCACAAACAGACCACAUUCCCAGAGGGGCUGGCUGACAUCUGCCAAGUAGUCUGUACCUGGAUUUGACUUGAAUUUCUAAAAUGUGUGUUGUUUCAAAAGAUUGUUUGCAAAUAUUUGCUCAUAGGGUCUUGCACUGAUCAUUUCCAAGGAGGUAAAUGUUCAAGUUCACAGACAAAUAGAGCUCCGAGAAAAGAAAUACUAGGAAUGGCUUGGAGCAAAGUAAUCUCUAUGGUAGAGAGAGGGUUCAUGUCCACCAGCCUCUAGGAGCAACUGGAGUUAAGUUGGGAAUGAUUUGCAUUUGUGUUAUGGUUUCUGAAAAGAAGCUGCAUUGGGCUGGCCCUCUGGGCAGAGGAUUGUGUUUUUUGGUUGAGGGAGACAAGGGAGAUGUAGGGAAGAUCUUGGACAGAGAUUUAAUAUCUAAACUGCUCUUUGAGACAGUAGGCUAUGGUACUGUUCUUAGUCCUUACCUAUAUAUCCCAAAGCCUCUGUUCCCUCCCGGUCUGGGUUUUUUUUUAAUCACCAUUAAGUCUCUAUCCUCUUUGUAUUUGUCUAUGCUGAUAACAGCUCCAGAAAAGGGAAGAGAGGAGCUUCUCUGUCCUUUCUGGUGGCCCAUGGUGGUCUUUGAGAUCCUGUUAAUUGUUGUAAGUUUUGUUGAUGAAAUCUCAAGAUAGAAACCACCUCAUCAUCCAAUAUUACUACAAAGGGGAAUGAGAAAGUGUGAGGAGCCAUGUAAACUGCCAGCAGAAGAAACCUAACCUCAUCUAAGUCCUGAUAUUUCUUUUCUGAGUGCAGACCUGCAUUACGACAAGAGUUGUGCUUUAGAUGACUUAUGACUUGGACAUUUUGUUUUUAAAAAGUUGUUUCAAUUUCAUCCUUCUACAAGAAUGGUGGAAUGGAAACAUCCAAAGGAGAUCUCUUGAGAGUUGCAAACAAAGAAAUCUGUGUACGUGUUGUGUAAAGUCUACACAUACAUAAGCAAAUAGAACAUUAGUAGGUAAGAGUAACAGGAUUUGUUACAAGUUCUUGUCCUUGUUAGGGCCUUGUACACACACACUUCAGACGGCUAUUUAUUGAUCCAGGCAAAGUAAUUAACCAUGCUUGGGUUUGCUUUUUGGGUUGAUUAGGUUAACAAUAUAUUGAAAAUGUUGUUGCCAGAUCUCAGGUGCCUCUCAUGAGGACAGCAGACAUCAAUUACAUGUAGAAGCUCCCAGGUUGGGAAUGGGAGUGUCAGAGUACAGACUUGUGUGCAUUGUUGCUGCUGAUUGUGAGUUUACAACUUUACCUUUGUGCACACCUGAUACUAGUACAGUUAAUACUUCCGGCUGUACACGUAAAAACUUCGUGGAUAUUUAUGGGCAUUUUGGCUCUUGGGGUCUACUGCAAGAGUGAAUGAUACCUGCAGUACUUCAAACCACUUUUCCUCCUUUUUGUGGGAUGAAGUCUCAUUUGCAUUAUUUUGUGCCAGGAUUUUCCUGUAGCUGAGGUUUGAUAACAGGAAGCCCUCAUCACUCCGGACUCCUGAGUCUUCACAAACCAAAACUCCAUGUUGUCUGUAUCCAAAUUAAGUCCAAUAAAUGCCA